AUGGCGCCACCUGAGGCUGCUCCAACGGAAUGGAGCUGCGGGCUUCCCUCCACGACGCUGCUGCUGUUCCUCUACCUGAGCUACCUGCUGCUGGGAAGCGCCGCGUUCUGGGCCCUCGAGUCGCCCCUGGAACGCGACUUUACGGAUCGGCUCCUGAAGGAGAAAUGGGAGCUCCUGUUGAACUUUACUUGCCUGGAACGGGAAGCUCUGGAGCGGCUCUCGGAGACUAUCAUCCAAGCCUACAAGAGUGGACUUUACCUUAAAGGAAAUGCAAGUCUGGGCAGAUGGGACUUUGUCGGCUCCUUCUUUUUCUCUGUUUCUACAGUAACAACCAUCGGCUAUGGCAACUUGAGCCCCAAUACGGUGGCUUCACAAGUAUUCUGCAUCUUCUUUGCCCUCUUUGGGAUUCCCUUAAACCUCAUUCUUCUGAAUAGGAUAGGACAGCUGAUGCUCUCUGGGGUGCAUCUAUGUACCUUCUAUCUGGAUGUGAAGUUCCAGUGGCAGGGAGCAGUUGCCUUGACCUGGACCUGUGCCCUGGGUGCUGGCCUUUUAUUAUUUCUUUUGUUACCACCUUUGUUGUUUACUGCCAUAGAAGGCUGGACUUAUGAAGAAGGGUUCUACUAUUCCUUCAUAACUUUAAGUACAAUAGGCUUUGGAGAUUAUGUCAUCGGCAUGAACCCUACGCGCACUUACCCAGGCUGGUAUAAGAACGUGGUAUCUCUGUGGAUCCUCUUUGGGAUGGCCUGGUUAGCCCUGAUCAUUAAUCUCUGCAUCAGCUUAGUAGAAAAUUCUAGGACACUUUGCCAAUGCUGCAAGACAAAAAGUCACAACAUAGGACAUGAGUUAAUGAAUGGAGAUGCAAACGUUAAUUUGGAGCCAGAAGAUCAGCAGAAAUGUGAUAUGAAAGACAUAAAACCUGUGAGGCUGGCUUGA